GUCCGGACGACUAAUCACCACUAUGUACUACACAAACUCAUCCGCGGUCUCAUCAACGCGGUGCCCGACUUCGACUCUAGUACGUGCCGGAACGAUCUAUAGCCGGACACCGCAGUCUUCUCUUGCCUCGUUUUGUUGUCUUUUUUGUAUACCUCGUCGCAAAAAAACCGCUCUGGCGUGCAGUUUUCCGCUCCUCGCACGAAGUCUAAGAUCGCGUGCGCUUCGCCCUUGACCGGCGCUCUGCUGAAGCAAUAAAGACGCUGCUUGCUAGUGAUCUCGGCACGCGUUCUGGCCUUGUACCUGAUUCUGGAGGUGUUCAAUAUGGAGGUAGAGGUCGCUAAAGAUUAAUUGCGUCAGGUCCUUGCGAUGCACGGGCACAUGAACCCUUGACAGGCAGGGCGGCGUCGCACGGCUUUCGCAAUGACCGUUAUCCCUGCCGGCUCGCUUCCGCGACUCGGGACUCAGCACUCGCCACGCUACUGAAGCAGCCAUCCACGAAAAUUGGUCGCUUUUGGCCACUUGUGCCCACUUCCCUGGCUUUACAGCAAUUAAUGUCGGUCAUCUCACAUGGAGAGAUCGAGACGCCCACAUCUUGAUCAUGAAGAAGCACAAGGCGUCAUCCACUAAAUCUGACGACUGUGCCGCUUAGAAAGUCCUUGGUCUAGACUCUCCUCAGGAUUCGUACCAAAAAUAUUUCCUUCUGCGCCUUUCCGGUGAAGUUCGGAACACAUGUCUGGACAUCUUGUCCGAUCAGUCUGCAAUGGCUGCUUCCCUCUUCCGAAUGCUUGUUAUCACAGCGCUGCUCUCUCUUCUCAAUGUCGUCUCCUCGACAGAGAUUAUGCACAGGCCGCAGAAUGUGUCUGCGCAGAUAGCGGAGAGCAAGCUGCAAGCUGUCUCGGCUCCUACCGUGCACCAGCCUCAGAAGCGUGCGGCGGGAAAGGUCAACAUGGCCUACUUCACGAAUUGGGGGAUCUAUGAAGCGAACUUCCAGCCGACUGACAUUGUGGCUGCGAACCUUACUCACAUACUCUACGCUUUCGCCGACAUCGACCCCUCGACGGGAAAUAUCUCGCUCACUGACUCUUACGCGGACACUCAGAAACUAUUCCCCGGCGACUCGUCGAGUGAAUCCGGCAACAACAUCUACGGGUGUCUCAAGCAAAUCUACCUGCUGAAGCUGGCGAACAGAAAUCUCAAAGUUCUGCUUUCCAUUGGUGGAUGGACUUACUCGCAGAGCGGCCACUUCAGUUUUGUCACCAGCAAUGCCACUCGGGCUCAGUUUGUCAGCAGCGCCCAGCAGAUGAUCGAAGAUUACGGAUUCGACGGGAUUGACAUCAACUUCGACUACCCGGCCACGGCAGCUCAAGGUCAGGGCUUCGCUGAUCUGUUCACCGAGCUGCGGACGGCGUUCGAUGCUUUGGCCGUGAAGAAAGGAGAUGCAACCCCUUAUGAGUUGACGGCCGCCGUUGCGGCUGGUUAUGCCAAUUACCAACAUCUUGUCAUUCCCCAGAUGGAUGCAGCACUCUCCUACUGGAACCUGAUGGCAUACGACUAUUCCGGAACUUGGUUCACAUUCGCCGACAACUUGGCCAAUGUCUACGGAGGUGCUCGCACCAAUGCAAGCACUGAUGUUGCAAUCAAGUAUUAUGUUGCUUCCGGAGCAUCUGCGUCCAAGAUCAACAUGGGAAUCCCUCUCUAUGGACAAGCUUUCGAGAACACCAAAGGACUCGGCCAAUCUUACAACGGGACCGGUCCGGGAACACUCGCGGCAGGGAUCUAUUCCUACAAGACACUCCCUUUGGCCGGCGCCCAAGUUGUCGAGAACACCACAGACAUCAGCUCUUACAGCUACGAUUCGGCCACUGAGGAACUUGUCAGCUACGACACCCCCAACAUUGUCAAACUGAAAGCCCAGUACAGCGUCACCAAAGGAUUGGCUGGCUCCAUGUUCUGGGAACUCUCUACUGACAAAGUGGGCUCCGAAUCGCUGGUCGGCACGAGCGCCAGCGUCUUUGGUCAGCUCGACCAGACCCAGAACCACAUUAGUUAUCCCUCGAGCUCCUGGGACAACAUUCGAUCCAACAUGGGGCAAUCGGCCUGAUGCAGUCGGCCCCUGCGCAGGAACAGCGGUCGCAAGCCGGUUCAUUCGCUUGUACCUCAGUUACGAAAUAAGUUGAUACGGAAGACCCCGAAAUUGUGCUACAGAUACUAUGUAGAUUCUCUCUCGACUCACUAUGAAAUUCAAACAAAGAAUCUG